CGGUUCUCCACCUCGGAGCUGUCCCUGGUGCUACUCCCGGCCCCUCCCCGUGGCCUCGGGGCUGGCCCGCCGGAGCCUGGGGGCGGGGGGGGGGGGCAGAGCCAGCGGCAGCGUCCCACGCAGGAUCGCCUGGAUUGAGAGCCAGUGACGCGGGAGGCUCAGCGUGGGGCGGGGAGGGGGGAGCAGCUGGGGCUGGGACAGAUCGGUCCUGGGCAGCCGGCGGCUGAGAGCUCCUGCCGCCGUCGGGAGCCAGAGACGGGCAGGCAAGAGCGCGGGAGAGAAGCGGAGAGAAGGGAGGGACGAGGAAGAGAAGGAACGAGACGGAAAGAGAGAGAAGAGAAAAGAAGGAAGGAAACAGGAGGGAGGCAGGAGAGAGAGACAGACACCGGCCCCCGGUGCCGCGGCCCGGAGCAUGGUGCUGUGACCCAGCCCGGGCCGGUCCCGCUCGCCGCCAUGCAGUUCAACAAGGAGGAAUUCCAGAAGUUGGCCGGGAAGACGCUGGGCCAGGUGCACAGGCUGCUGGAGCGGCGCCAGCCGGGCGGGGAGACGAUCGAGCUGACGCAGGAGGGGCGCGCGGUGGCGGUGGCGGAGAAGCCCCAGCCAGUCGUGGACUGCACCUGCUUCGGCCUCCCGCGCCGGUACAUCAUCGCCAUGCUCUGCGGCUUCGGCUUCUGCAUCAGCUUCGGGAUCCGCUGCAACCUGGGCGUGGCCAUCGUCAGCAUGGUCAACAACAACACCGUGUACCGGGGCGACAAGGCGGUGGUGGAGAAAGCCCAGUUCACCUGGGACCCCGAAACGGUCGGGAUGAUUCACGGCUCCUUCUUCUGGGGCUACAUCGUCACGCAAAUCCCUGGCGGCUUCAUCGCCCAGAAAUUCGCUGCCAAUAGGGUGUUUGGCUUUGCCAUCGUGGCCACCUCGACCCUGAACAUGCUGAUCCCAUCGGCCGCCCGGGUUCACUACGGCUGCGUCAUCUUCGUCCGCAUCCUGCAGGGGCUGGUGGAGGGGGUGACGUACCCGGCCUGCCACGGGAUCUGGAGCAAGUGGGCCCCCCCUCUGGAGCGCAGCCGCCUCGCCACCACGGCCUUCUGUGGCUCCUACGCGGGCGCCGUGGUGGCCAUGCCGCUGGCCGGGGUCCUGGUCCAGUAUUCGGGGUGGAGUUCGGUCUUCUACGUCUAUGGCAGCUUUGGGAUCUUCUGGUAUAUGUUCUGGUUGCUGGUUUCCUAUGAGAGCCCGGCUCAGCACCCCACCAUCACGGAGGAGGAGCGCCGGUACAGAGAGAGCAUCGGGGAGAGCGCCAGCCUCAUGAACCCCUGGUGCUCGCAGCCUGGCUAUCUCACCCUUCCCUUCCCUCCCCCCCGGCAGAAAUUCAAAGCCCCCUGGCGCAAGUUCUUCACCUCCAUGCCCGUCUACGCCAUCAUCGUCGCCAACUUCUGCCGCAGCUGGACCUUCUACCUGCUGCUCAUCAGCCAGCCGGCCUACUUCGAGGAGGUCUUCGGCUUCGAGAUCAGCAAGGUGGGCCUUCUCUCCGCCCUGCCCCACCUGGUCAUGACCAUCAUCGUCCCCAUCGGGGAGAUCGCGGAUUUCCUCCGCAGCCGCCGCAUCAUGUCCACCACCAACGUCCGCAAGAUGAUGAACUGCGGAGGCUUUGGCAUGGAGGCGACGCUGCUGCUGGUGGUGGGUUACUCUCACAGUAAGGGCGUCGCCAUCUCGUUCCUGGUCCUUGCUGUGGGCUUCAGCGGCUUCGCUAUUUCAGGGUUCAACGUGAAUCACCUGGACAUCGCACGUUACGCCAGCAUCCUCAUGGGCAUCUCCCACGGGGAGCGGGGCAGGGGGCCCAGUGGGGGGUGCUCUCCCUGA